AUGAACCGUGACCUGAUGAGUCAGUAUAUCGAGUUUGUGGCGAAUCCGUUUGAUUGGAUGGAGUUGAUCUCUCUUCAGGGUAAAACAAACUUCUUCGAGAAGAGAGUUGGUGAUUACCAGAAGGCUUCUGUUAUGUCGAGCGUUAAUGGAGGUUGCGCGUUUGAUAAUCAUAUGCUCUCUCUCGACGAAGACUUUUAG